GAUGACAAAAUGAUCCGUGUGUAUGACUACAAAACUGAAGAGAAGGUGAAGGAGUUUGUGGCACAUAACGAUUACGUGAGGCACAUUGUUGUUCAUCCCACUCUUCCAUAUGUUUUAACCGCGUCCGAUGACAAACAAAUCAAGCUUUGGGAUUGGGAGAAGGACUGGGUUUGUACUCGAACCUUCCUAGGACGCUCACAUUAUGUGAUGCAGGUGGCUAUCAACCCGAUUGACCAUAACAACUUUGUUAGCGUAUCUCUUGAUGGCUCCAUUAAGACCCUAGAUCAGGGUCUUGGACGAGUGUGGGUGCUUAAGUAUGACAAAAUUUCCAACAAGAUUGUUAUUGGCUGUGAUGAGGGAUUCCUAGUGGGAAAGUUUGGGCCUUGAAGAAUUUGAAGUGUGGAUGUCUUCGAAUCAAAUUUGAGCGGAUUGGUGUUUAUCUGAAAUGCUGAAGAUGUCUUUAUUUUAAUUUUCUUAAAAUGAUUGUCGUAUAUGCUUUACUUUCUAGAGAUUUUAGUAUGCACUGCGUGUAUCUAGAUCUAGUGCUACAAUAAAUAAAGGACCAUUGUCCAACACUCCUACAUAUUAUCAUACUUUGCAAGAUUGUUACUUUUAGUAUUAUGUUAUUUGAGAAGCUUUAGUACUUCUUUAAUUUUGUUUAAUUUAGUAUUUUUUUUUUAAUAUUCCUUUUCUUUCAUGUACUCCAUCCUUGCGUACUUUUUUGUUUUACACACUUUUCAUUUUAAAUCUAUCUAUUAUGUUUUACUUACUUUGCUUUAUUCUAUUUAUGGCAUAUCCCUUUACCAUCUGACACCUUCAACUCCACAUAAUAACACAUUUUCA